AUGCUCUUGGACGCCAUGAUGAUGGAGGCCAGGAAGGGGUUGAUGGAGAGGGAGAGGGAGAGGGACCAGUUCCCCGUCGGCAUGCGGGUCCUCGCCGUCGACGACGACCCUGUGCGCCUCAAGGUUCUGGAGGUCCUCCUCCGGCGCUGCCAGUAUCAUGUAACAACCACCAACCAGGCUGCCACUGCACUGAGGCUGUUAAGGGAGAACAAGGACAUGUUUGACCUGGUCAUCAGCGACGUCCACAUGCCCGACAUGGACGGCUUCAAGCUCCUCGAGCUCGUGGGGCUCGAAAUGGACCUCCCUGUCAUCAUGUUAUCGGUGAACGGAGAGACAAAAUCUGUGCUCAAGGGGAUAACCCAUGGCGCCUGCGACUACCUCCUAAAGCCCGUUCGGAUCGAAGAGCUCAGGAACGUGUGGCAGCACGUCGUUAGGAGGAAGUUCAGCAACCGUGAGCCGAACAACAACCAUGACCUCUGCAAGGAGAUCAGCAAGCCGCCGAGCGCGGACUCGUACCACCGGCUCGGCCAGGCGACGUGCGGCAUGUCGUCCGACCAGAGCAACAGGGCCGGCAAGAAGCGGAAGGAGCCGCACAGCGAGGAGGAAGACGAAGGCGAGGACAACGACGACGCCGCGGGGUCGAAGAAGCCGAGGGUGGUGUGGUCAGUGGAGCUGCACCGGAAGUUCGUCGCCGCCGUCAACCAGCUCGGGAUCGACAAGGCUGUACCCAAACGAAUACUCGAGCUUAUGAACGUGGAGAAGCUCACCAGGGAAAAUGUUGCGAGCCAUCUGCAGAAGUACAGGCUAUACCUCAGACGGCUAAGUGCCGUGGCAUCACAGCAAGCCAGCAUUGCUGCUGCUUUUGGAGGCAGAGACCCCUUCUUGCACAUGGGAGCAUUUGAAGGACUUCAUAGUUAUCAUCAACCCUUUGCCCCUCCUGCUGCUCUUCCAUCUCUCAAUCCACAUGGACUGCUGAGUGGUGCUGGUGCAGCAGCAUUUGGGCUUCAGGACCUUGCUUCUCCCAAGGCAAACCAGUGUUCUAGCAGCAACGGCGCAGUAAGUCAUUGCGCCGGCGAUACGGAGAAGUUCCACAUUGUGAGCUUACAAGACAACCAACAGGCAGAUUUAUCGCAAGGCUUGACCUCGUCGCUUGGGCAGCCCCAGCUCCAUCAGAAGUGGAUUCAUCAAGAAACCAGUGACUUGUGCUCUGUCUUUUCCGGGGGUGCUCUGGCUAACACUAUGUCUGGCACACUUCAAAGAGUUACAAGCAGUUCACUGCCACCAGAAGAUCUUUUGGAGUGCACUGCACACAUCAAAGUUGGAGCCCAUCCAUCAAUAGGAAUACCAACUGGGAGUUCAGGGCUGCUUGAAAGGUCUGUCGGAGUUUCCGCCGAUUUGCGGGAUUCUUGUAUAUCUCAGCAGUGUGCUCUUCCAAUCAGUGAUGGGUUUUCUGUCGACAAGUUACCGUUGCACAUCCCGUUCGAUGGUACCGGCACGACAAAACUUGAUGCUAGCUUUGUGGCUGGAGAACAAGAGAUGGACCAAAAGGGGAUAUUUUCGGAAAGAAUGGCUGUUACUGUUUGUCCUUCUGAGAGCCUUAUAGUAGCCAGCAAUGCCAAAUGUGGAGCUAGUUCUUGUGGUAGUACAAUGCUGCUCCCUCCUCAUGAUACCGAGAAACAUUCAAAAUACUUGCAGUUUGUGGUUGCAAGCAACUCUAGACAUAGAAUGGAUGGUGGAAUGAGACAAGACCAAAGACUGAACAGUGGAGGUUUUAGCUAUGAUGGUGGUGCCAUUGUGCCUGAGCAGACCGAUAUGUACGAUUUGGGAGUUCCAAAGCUGCAGGGUGGAUUCAAUUCUAGCAGCUGCAACUUUGAUGGUCUUCUCAAUUCCAUGAUAAAAGUGGAGAGCGACGAAGUGCCGUUCACGGAAAAUGACCUCGGGUGUGAACUUUUCCCACUUGGUGCCUGCAUAUGA